AAGAGAGAAAACUCGUUUUACACAAAGCCAUAAUUACCCAUGGUGUUCUUUUAAUUUAUCAACUUCCUAACUUAUAAUUACACUCUCAAAUUUCAUUUGAUUCUUAUAAAUUGAAUCAACAAAAAUGAAACCCGUUUCUCUUUCACUCACUGUUCUUUCAAUUUCUCUCUGUUGUGCUUACCUCAUUAAGUUCUUAUACAAAGUAUGGUGGAAACCAAUUUGGAUUCAAAGCAAGAUGAGAUCACAUGGAAUCAAUGGCCCUCCUUACAGAUUCUUGCAUGGAAACACCAAAGAGAUCAUGAACAUCAAGAAAUCCACCGACAGAAAACCAAUGGAAGGUUUAGGUCUCCAUAUUGGACCAAAAGUUCAACCUCACAUCUUCUCAUGGAUCAACACAUAUGGCAAUACUUUUGUGCGUUGGAAUGGUCCAAAACCCGAGUUGGUGAUAACGGAUCUUGAGAUUCUGAAAGAAGUUAUGAAUGACAAAAGUGGAGCUUUUCCUAAAGACGAUGUUGAAGGGUAUUUUAAGAUACUAUUAGGUGAUGGUCUUGUGGUAUCAAGUGGUGAAAAAUGGAUAAAGAUGAGAAAACUCGCAAACCAUGUUUUUCAUGCCAAUAGUCUAAGGGAUAUGACACCAACAAUGGUUGCAAGUGUUGAUAUGAUGCUAGAAAGGUGGAAACAAUACGAAGGAAAAGAGAUAGAGGUUUAUGAAGAGUUUAAGUUGUUAUCUUCAGAUAUCAUUUCUAGAACAGCUUUCGGAAGUAGUUACGUUGAAGGGAAAUACAUUUUUCAAAUGGUCAGGAAGUUGACCACUAUAAUUGCUAGAAAUGCAUACAAGACACGACUUCCCAUCUUCAAGACAAAGGAUGAUGCGGAAUCUAAAAUAAUUGAUCAUAUGAUGCGAGAAUCUAUCAUGGACAUUGUGAAGAGAAGAGAGAAGGAAGCAAGUGGCGAAGUAGAUAACUUUGGUGUUGACUUUCUUGGAUCGCUUAUGAAGGCUAAUCAUAGCAUUGACCAUGGCUACAAAGUUACAAUACAAGAUAUAAUCGAUGAGUUCAAGAACUUUUACAUCGCGGGACAUGAGACCACAACAGGAUUGCUAGCAUGGUCGAUUUUCCUUCUUGCAGUUCAUACAGAUUAUCAAGAAAAAGCAAGGGAAGAGAGCUUUAAGUUAUUCGACAAAAAGAACCCUAAUUCCGAUGUUCUUUCCAGAAUGAAAAUGAUAACCAUGAUCAUUAACGAAACCCUAAGACUAUUUCCUCCUGUACUUUUACUUAUAAGAAAAUCAAAGCAUGAUGUUAGUUUGGGAGCACUCAAAAUUCCGGGCAAUGUAAGACUUAAUUUCCCUAUUUUAUUUGUUCAUCACGACACUCAAAUAUGGGGAGAAGAUGCUCAUUUAUUCAAACCAGAGAGAUUUUCUCAAGGAGUUGCUAAAGCUACUAACAACAACCCUGCAAUGUUUAUUCCCUUUGGUUUGGGGCCUCGAAGUUGUGUAGGAUCCAAUUUUGCAACUAAUGAGGCCAAAAUUGCAUUGUCUAUGAUUCUACAAACCUACUCCUUCACCUUGUCUCCUACGUAUAUUCACUCACCCUGUGAGCUUUUGACUAUUUGUCCAAAAUUUGGUGUUCCUGUGUUCCUUUGUCAUCUUUAA